ACGAACAAGUGUCGUCAUUUCGUCUGUAAAAAUUAUCCGCGGAAAUGUCAUUCCGAGGGGCUAGUAGAGUUGCUAUCCGCCCUACCCGCCCUCCCUCUUCUUCUCUUUUCCUCAGUCUCGGGUCAUCAUCCCUCUUCGAAAGUGGAACCUAGCCGGGGAUAGUUUAGGAGAACAAAAUUCGAAGAGAUACGUCAGCCGUGUACUAUAUAAAUAGAAUUCAACGAGCCGCGAAUUUAAUUUACUCGGACGAAGUAGACCUCGGGUCGUGCCAUUUAAAGACAAAUUCGUGUCAUCUACCAGUUUAUCUAGAGUUCCAGUUCUUCCGGUGGAAGAUAACCGAGAGCGUUGCUCGAGAACAUGUAUUGCAUAUCGAUUCAACAAACCAAGGAAACCAGGAUGGACUCGGCGGCGGUGUCGCCCAGUGUGCAAAGUCGUGCAAAGGUUCGCAUGGUCCAGUCCGGAACGACGGGAUCCCACCGACAUGUCCGAGGAUACCGAAAGUGAAGAUAGCGAUGCCGAGGGUGGUCUGGGUAAUGUGAACAAGAUGGUAAUGCGACCACCUGGCCACAGCGGCAAAGCCAAGAAAGGCCACAUCUGCUUUGACGCGACCUUUGAGACCGGCAAUCUCGGAAGGGUGGACUUGAUCUCCGAAUUCGAGUACGAUCUCUUCAUUAGACCUGACACCUGCGGGCCCAGGUUACGCCUGUGGUUUAAUUUCACCGUGGACAAUGUGAAAGCGGAUCAACGGGUGAUUUUCAACAUCGUUAACAUCUCUAAGAGUGCGAACCUCUUCCGACAGGGAAUGACACCAUUAGUGAAGAGUAGCACUAGACCAAAGUGGCAGAGAAUACCGCGAGAACAUGUAUUCUAUUAUAAAUCCGCACAGCAUCAGAAUCAUUAUGUGCUCAGCUUCGCUUUCGCGUUUGAUCGCGAAGACGACGUUUAUCAAUUCGCUCUGACGUAUCCGUAUUCGUACACACGUUACAUGGUGCAUCUCGACAAUCUGUGUAGCAGAUUGUUGUACACGAAGAGAGAGACGCUGGCCGAGUCGAUUCAAAAGAGGAAUGUAGAGCUCGUGACUAUAACCUCCGACCUCGAAGACACAGAACGACCUAGAAAAGUGGUCGUCGUCCUCGCUAGAGUUCACCCCGGCGAGUCACCGUCCUCCUUCGUGUGUCAGGGAUUGAUGGACUUCUUGGUCAGCGCGCAUCCAAUCGCUCAAGUUCUAAGAGACUACGUGAUCUUCAAGAUAGUGCCGAUGCUGAAUCCCGACGGUGUCUUUCUUGGAAAUUACAGAUCCACCGUGAUGGGGUUGGACCUGAAUCGAUCCUGGAACUGUAUCUCCGAGUGGAUUCACCCCACUCUGCUCGCGACCAGAGCGAUGUUGAAGUCGCUCGAUAAAAACUCACACACGCCAUUGGAUUGCGUGUUGGAUUUACACGCUCACACCAACGCCACAGGUGUCUUCGUCUACGGAAAUACGUAUGAGGAUGUCUACAGGUACGAGAGGCAUAUUGUCCUGCCGAAAUUGCUAGCUCAACACGCAGAGGACUAUGAACUGGGCAACACCAUGUACAAUCAAGAUCACAACAAAGCCGGGACUGCCCGCCGCUAUCUGUGCUCUAUCCUAAAGGAGCACGUUAACUGCUACAGCAUCGAGGUUUCCAUGUACGGUUACAACAAGAAAGGAAUACCCGGUAUAAUGCCGUACACAGAAGAAGGAUAUUACAGACUAGGUCGCAAUUUGGCACGUGUUUUUCUGGAAUAUUACAAGCUCACCGGGCUUAUCCCUUCGGGGCUUCCCGAUCAACCAUCGAGCAGGCGAGCGCGUCAAUCUCGGCAGAGACAUCGAAUUCCGAGGGAGCCCAGACCGAAAACAGUUCGAACUCCGGCGACCUUGCAUCUAGCUAGUAUCUACGAGUACUUCCGGGAGGAACCUGAGCCGCUCCCGAGCGCUCGUUACCGAUCGAUGAGCGGUACGAGGAUGGGACAGCAGCCCGGAACCGGAAUCACGAGUGAAACUGGAACGGGCGUCGGCGGCGGGUGCAAAAGCCGGAGCUACAGGUUCCGGAGCCCCGGGGCACCGCUCGACAGGGUGCAGACCCUGACGGGGCGACCCGCCGCCGAGCCGCGGCUCACCAUUAUCGAUUUCAAUCAGCUGACGCGGGGUGGUUUGGAGCUCGCAGCCAACAAGAACAAGCCGACGGUACCACACAGGAGGAUCAUUAAGUCGCGCAGAUAGCGAUCGUCUCGGCUCGAAUCGCGUCGGUUGGAAAGAAAAUUUUCGACGAGAAUCUCGACAUCUCCAGGAACGCGGGAGGCAAAUUUCGCGGUAUGCACGAUAUUAUUUUCCACCGUAAGAAACCGGAGUUACCUUCGUGAGAAUGUUGAGGCAAUAUUGGUUCAUGUGAAUGUAGGUGGUGAGGAGAUGAAACCAUCGCAUCGAUUCGCGCUACUUCUGCGCGACGGAAAUAGAAGACUUUUCGACGAGAAGAGGAACGCUGAGAAUGCACUUCAGCUCUUCUGCUGCCUUCUAUUCAAUUGCUAAUAGUUUGUGUUUAUUAUUAUGAAAUUUCCACAUGUACACUAAAUAAUUUGGAAUUUAACAACAUCAUCGAUAAUAGUGCAUUAGGCAAUAUUCCUUUGAUCACUGAUGCACAUAAAUAUCAAUUUUGAACUUUCUCUUACACCAUUCUCACCUUCUUUCUCGUGACAAUAAAUAAUCUUUAAUAAUCUUUCUCAAACAAAUCUCUAACUCGUAUUGCAUAUUUACAGUUUCUAACAUAUAUCUGUUACAUUUCUUAUAUUAUAUUUCUUAAUUGUUUGUAAUACCAUUGUCUAUAUUAUAUUGUGUAUAUGAUAUCAAAACUACUUCUACGUUCGAAAAUAAAAAGAUCUAUAAACUUAAGUAAAACAUAUAAAGCACAUGCUUUCACAUAAUUAAUACCAUUUUCGAAUUGCACCUAGAGCUUCACACGUAAAGCAAUCGCAACAUAUAAAAUUAUAAACAUUGGAUAUUACAUUAUACAAAAUUUCGAAAAAAUAUUAAAUACGAUCCGUCAAAUAAAUUGUCUAACGCAUGAAACCGAGAAAAAAAUUUUCGCGCGUGCGUUGAAACGCAUUAGUUCUUUAAU